AGCGACCGACUUAUUUCAGCUUCGGUUACUUAAAAUUUUCAAUCAGUGCGAUUCUUGUUCAUUCACCCCAAUACUACCCUAUAUAUACACAUACUAUGCAAUAAAUAGUAAAUCAAUUGUGAUACUAAAGGAAAUCAGAAGAGAGAGAUGGAGUUCAAGAACUACUAUCUUGACCUAAUAAUGAUACCUUUAUCAUUCAUAAUAUCCAUCAGCUAUAACUUAUGGUUAUGGCAUAAGGUUCGUACUGAACCACUCUCGACUGUCAUUGGUGCAAAUGCCCAUGGACGCCGGUUAUGGGUAUCUACCAUUAUGAAGGAUAACGACAAGAAAAACAUUUUAGCUAUCCAAACAAUUCGAAAUACAAUAAUGGGAUCAACCCUGAUGGCUACUACAUCGAUUGUUUUAUGCUGUGGUUUAGCGGCUGUUGUUAGUAGCAGCUAUAGCGUCAAAACACCACUUAACAACACUAUUUAUGGGGCACAUGGACAAUUCAUGGUAGCACUAAAGUACGUAACGCUACUUGUCAUCUUUCUCUUUUCUUUCAUGUGCCAUUCUCUAUCUAUUAGAUUCAUCAGCCAAGUGAAUUUCUUGAUCAACUGUCCUGAAGAUUCUACAAUAGUGACUUCAACUUAUGUUUCCGAGCUUUUAGAGAAGAGUUUUAUGCUUGGCAUGAUAGGAAACCGGCUUUUCUAUUCGGCACUUCCAGUUAUGCUUUGGAUUUUUGGUCCGGUGCUUGUUUUCUUGUGUUCUUCAACCAUGGUGCCUGUGCUUUAUAAUCUUGAUUUUCUGUUUGAAAAUUCAAAGAAUGGUAAGAUGAUGGCAUAGAGAAUAGGGCGUGACACAUGCUCAUUGAAAACGAUAUUUUAAUCUGUAUGUAAGAUUUACCAUCAGGUUUAUGAAAUGACCGAGCAUAGAUAUCCAA